GGCCGGGGGUAAAUUUCGCCUCCAUACUGAGCAAUUGGCUUUAAUUCCACAGCUACCUCAAGACCAAAAUGGUGAUCAAGACCGACACUUGCGCGUUCAGCGAAAGCCGCAUCUACCCCGGCCACGGCACCCGCCUCAUCCGCAAGGACGGCAACGCCUUCAUGCUCCUCAACUCGAAGUGCAAGUCGCUCUUCUUGCAGCGCAAGAAGCCCGCUAAGAUCGUGUGGACGCUCGGCUGGCGCCGCAUGAACAAGAAGCUUCGCGUCGAGGAAGUCACGCGUCGCCGUGCUCGCAAGUCCACGAAGAUCCAGCGUGCCAUCGUCGGCGUCUCGGUUGAGGAACUCAAGAAGAAGCGCAACCAGAAGCCCGCCGUCCGCGCCGCUGCCCGCGACGCCGCCUUGAAGGAGGCCAAGGACCGCACCAAGGCCAAGAAGGCCGAGAAGGCCCCGAUCAACAAGGCCGUCAACAAGAACGUCGCCCGCGGCGGUGCCAAGAAGGGUGGCAACCGCGGUGCCAUCUAAGCGACCGAAACACUAGUUGUUUCGUGAGCUCGUGGUUUUAGGGCUGGCCUGGCUGUGGACUUAAUAACAUAAUCCAAUGCGCACGCAACGGAUAGACAAGUCUCUCCCCACA